GGUAAACAUUUCUUAACUUGUUACAUUUAUUUUCGUGUGUGUGUUUUGAUGAAAAAUGCUAAAUUACAAUUGACUCCAGAUUGUAGUUUAAUUGUUUUUAGUUUAUGUAUAUUUUUAUUUUGAAAGUCUACUCGGAAGUCUCGUUCCUUUGGAAUGUCGCGUUUUGACGCCCCCUCACCAUCUCGACAUAUACCCCGUGAUCGCCAAAACAACACAACAAAGUGGAGCAAAGAAAUAUGGCGACCGCAGAGGAGUCACGAAGACGCCCCUCGCUUACCUCCUCUUCGGUCGGCCUGGAGGAUCUGUUCCCAACCGGUACGUCGGAGCACUCUUGUGGCGACGGGAACCCGGAGCUCGACCGACUGCGGGAGCGCCUUGAAAGCUGGCUGUCGCCAUACGAGCCCGUGCUACUGUGGAUUCAGCGGCUACUAGUGUGGGAGAGGCCGCUGUACAGCAUCUCGGUGUCACUUACCCUCAACACUUUAUUCUGGCUUCUGUCAUCCACCUCCCUGCGCCCUCUGUUCCUGUUGAGUGUGUCCAUCCUCGGACUGAUGCUGCUGGAGAGAUGGAAGCCCAAGUUGCCCAUUAUUACUGUUCAACAUGUGGAGGUUCCCCCCAUCCAAACUGAAUCGAUGAGCGUAGAGCAGCGACUGCUAAGUGUUCCUGAGCUCAGCCACCACCUGGCAGAAAGCUACCUGACAUGUUGCCUGUUUCUGCAUGAGACUCUGCAGUACAAACGACAAAAUAACGGCAGGUUUUGUGCCAUGAUGUGCAGCGGCUGUUUUGCGCUUGCAGUGGUUGGACAUUAUGUUCCUGGAAUCAUGAUCUCUUAUAUCAUUGUUCUUAGUGUGCUCCUGUGGCCACUGGUGGUGUACCAUGAACUCAUCCAAAGGAUGUACACCGGACUGGAGCCCAUCCUGAUGAAACUGGACUACAGCAUGAAGGGAGAUACAGAGCGUCGCAAGCAUGACAAGAGGAAGGUAAAGAAGGAGGUGGAGGAGGGCGAUGAGCCGAGAGCGGAGACGGAGAGUGAAAGCGAGGAGGAGCUAUCCUGUUUUGCCCCAACGGUGGAUGUAAAGACCACGGCUCUGGCGAUGGCCAUCACAGACUCUGAAUUAUCCGACGAGGAGGCAUCCAUAUUGGAAAGCGGGGGCUUCUCCGUUUCCAGAGCCACGACCCCCCAACUCACAGAUCUCUCUGAAGACCUAGACCAGCAAAGUUUCCACAGUGACCCAGAAGAGUCCUAUCUGCGGGAUCUACCCGAAUUUCCAUCCGUGGAGGAGUUUCCGUCCUUGGAACACAACCUCCUCCACUUUCCGCUGCGGGGUCCAGGCCAAGGUGACCGAUCCCAGGCUGGUGCUCCUUCAGAGGCUGAACCGUUGAGCCCCGCCAGUCUCCUCAUCCAGCACCUCGCGUCGCCCCUGCACUUUGUGAAUACACAUUUCAACGGUCAUGGACGACCGCCUGGCGGCGAGGUGGGUGUGUUGCCAGCCACGGGGGAGGAAAUAUCAGGUCACGGAGGGGACGAGAAGACAGCUGUCGUUACCCAGGGUGCACAGCGGUCGCUCGAGGCGCUAAGCGAGGAGAUUGUGAGCACAGCCAUCUCCACUGUGGUGCACAACACUCUGUCAGCACUGCUACGCUCCAGUGAAGCUAGCGAGGAGCCUGCCCUGGCUGAGUUCCUUCCUCAUGAAACCCCACCGGGCAUUAUGGACACCUUCACCCAACCCACCAUCUCGGCAGCGGCAUGUGGGCCUGAUGACGACCUCGAGACGAUAACCACGGAAAGUGUCACAGGGGAUGACGUGCACGAAGACACGCUUGUUGCUACAGAGGAAGAGGACUUUGAGCUUCUGGACCAAAGUGAACUGGAUCAGGCAGAUGAAGGACUGGACCUCAGCCCUGACGGACCGCUGGUAGGAGGAGCCUCGGGAGCUCCUGAUACACCCCCACAGCAUCAACCUCAGUCAUAGCUCCCCUCCUUGCCCUCCAUUUUCCUUGUAUCCAUUCAAAAACGUCAUACACAUCGCUGUAUCCAAAACAUUUAUCACCAAGCGUUUCAUACUUUGGAUGGAUGAUUGUGUGGGGACGAAGCGAGCACCUGACAGCAGCGGUCAGCAUUUUACAUCGGGGCUUUGGGCUUUGCAAAAUUUGUGUGGUCAGCAAAUUCCUUACCGUAAAACUCACAAGCAGAUGUUGUUACAGAGAUUUGAAUUAUAAUGCAGUGAGUAUGUGCUCUAAAUUAUUUAAUUUAAAAGUUAGGCGCUUUAUUUAGCUCAACGUGAAUUUAAUAUAAAAGAAAAUUUCCCUUCCCUUCAUGUUUAAUCGGGCACAUUGAGUCAUAGUUGCUCUUUCACUUGUUGCCUGGAGACUUUGUCGUUGGUGGAUCUUUACUCAUACACAUAAGUGACUUCAGUGACAUUGAGUUCCCGUAGUCAUCCUCAUAUUUAACAACUAACUGCACUAGGAACAUGACAUGCCAGGCAUGAAUUUAGCCAUUUGGAAUAGUUUUUCAAUGGGAAUCAAGGGCAGGUUUGUUUUAACCACUCGGCGUCCAAAUCUCUAUAGCGUUGUGCUUAUUUCCCGACUUGUCCUUGUGCAAUGUAUUUGUACUAACCUCCCCAUGUACCAGCCUCUCGUGUAUAUUGUAGAAAUGUUAAAAAAAAUGUGUAUAUUCUGCAUGUAAAAUGACACUGUUUAAUUUCUCAGCUGACUACGUACUGCACAAAGUGAGGAGGAAAAAAAACAAAAAUUUGAAUGUUUCAGGUUAAAAGUUGGUUAAUAUUUUCCUACUAGAGGAAUACAUGUUUUGCUAUGUCCUCAUUUUCAGUACAAAGAAACUGUAAAUGAAAAGUAAUGCAUAACGUAGUCGGAGGUUAACAAAAGAAUGUGUUUGGUGGUAGCGUGCUUACAAUAUUGCUUAUUAAACUUGCUCAACUGUACACUUAAAAAAGGAAUAUAUUUUCUAAUUUCUCUUUUUUUCCAUAAAAUACUCAGUUUGAUCUUUUACAUCUUGAGACGUAUUCAAAGCAACAGACCACAUGUGAACAGGAAAGCGGGUUUAUUGUACACAAACUGGGAAAUGAAGUUGCAACUCCACAUGCACACAUGAGAGAAUAAAAGAACAAACUGA